GAGACUUUAAAAUAUCUCUCUCCUCGCCUAGAGCAGGUUAGUCUCUCGAGUCUCGACUGGGAGAGCCACAUAGAAAACCCUAGAAAACUUUUGAGAUCUCGCUGGGUUCUUUAGCGUUUUGAUUAUACAGACAGAAACGCUAUCAGGGUACUUUUCUUUUUCCUUGUCUCAAAUUUCAAGCUUAUUCGUAUCUGAAAUAAACGUAAUUUGGUUGAGAUAGUUUGGGCGAAACAAUGGCGGAAGGUAGUAGAGUUCAUCCUGAUUGUAGAAACGCAUCAAAUCCUUACCACGAAUGUGUUGAGUUUUGCUUUCUCAGAAUCGCUGAAGUGAAGGAACGAUUAGAACGAUCACAAUCAGAGCUUAAACAAGCUGGUAGCCAUACCCAUCAGGACAAGGAUCUUGAUGACCAGGGAAUCAGUCAGGAAGAACAUGCUGACAAGGAUGAUGAUGAUCAUCCCGCUGAGGAAAAUGUUGAGGUAGAUUAUGCCAGCCUCAGCGAAAGGCAGAAAAAGUUGUUCAACCUGAGGCUAAAGAUGAAUGAGGCAAGAAAAGCAAACCAGACUGCCAUGGUAGCUGAGAAGAAGAAAAUCGAAGCUCCUCAGGAGACAAGGGGUAUUUCUAAACAAAAAUGGAUGGAGGAUAGGAAGAAAAAAAUUGGAAAACUACUAGAUUCUAAUGGCUUGGAUAUGACCAAGGCAUACAUGCUUGAUACACAGGAGGCGGCAGAGGCGAAAUAUAAAAAGUGGGAAAAGGAACCUGCUCCUUUUGGUUGGGAUGUUUUCAACCAGAAAACGUUGUAUAAUGCUUAUAAGAAGCGUACGAAAAACAUAGACUGCAACCUAGAAGAAUAUAACAAGAUGAAAGAAGCUGAUCCGGAGUUCUACCGUGAGGCUUCCAGUCUUCAAUACGGGAAGACACCAAAAAUCUCGGAGGAUAAAAUUGACAAGAUGGUGAAGGAGCUCAAUGACAGGGAUGGCAAGCGCAAAGAAUUUAGCAGGAGGAGGAAAUUCCAUGAAGAGAAAGAUAUUGAUUCUAUCAAUGACCGUAAUGAGCAUUUCAACAAGAAAAUUGAGAGAGCCUUUGGUAAAUACACGUUGGAAAUCAAGAAUAAUCUUGAGCGAGGAACGGCUCUGCCAGACUAAGUUAUUAUAGUGUUCGAAUUUACAAGUAAUCUUGAGCGAGGAACGGCUCUGCCAGACUAAGUUAUUAUAGUGUUCGAAUUUACAAGUACUACGUUGUAGUAACUAAGAAACUACUGGAUGCACGCCAUAAGUUGUUGAUUAUAUCGAAGUUGUAAAACUGGUCAAAAUGUUGAGAUGAGAAUUUGUGGUUGAUUUCCAAGACCAAUCGUCACAAUUGUUUAGUAUGCAAGGACUUUUGCAGCAAACUGUCCUUAUUUGUAGAAGUUGAUCAAAGUAAAAACGCAACUCUCUUUCGGAGCGGACUACUAUUUUGUCAUUUUUGAGCAACAGCUGUAAUGAAACUCUUCAGUAAAAGAGACCAAGUUUUAGCUUCUUGCUA